UGGGGAGUGAAACAUACGACCUAGGCUCUUUUGAGUUUGAGAAUCAAAGAACGGACGACGAAGCCCCGCGUUUACCUCGUAUAUCUUUCUAAGCAGGAGCUUUGUCUCUACCAGCGCUGAUACCAAUUCUUUGGUUCAGACAAUGUCGGCACGCGCAUAUUCAUUGUGAGUCUCUACUAGCUCUACAUAUUCGGUCCGCAUCUCUAGUCCUUCACGAAUGGGUGGCGCAAGUUCUGUGUUCCGGUAUAGUAUCUUUGCCUUGUGCUGUGCCUUUUGUGACAACUCAUACAUUAGAGAUAGUGCACAACGCACGUUUUCCCACAACGUCAAACUCACUGUAUACGAGACCUGUACCGCGAUCCACGUGUCCGAGCAUCGACGGACGGAACUUCAGGCGCCAAGAAGAGUCUCGUAUCAACCAUGUGCUAAGCGCGCGGCGCGAAGUACCAUCAAUGCACUCAACGCACAACAGACAUUACAGACUAGGCUGUCGUUCUAAGUAGCUAUUGCUCUACAAAAUCGAAUCUCGCACCACGUGUAAAGGGCAACAAACAAGACUGCGCUACGGGAGUUGAUAUGGAUUCGCGAAAGCCAAGAAUCUUGGGCGACUACAAUCAAACCCCCCACGUAUCAGUCAUGAUGUUUAUCGGCCAUGAAGCUGCACACCGGAGAUUGCCACAACAGGCCCUCCACAUCCCCAGGGCAAGAUGUCAAGGCCGGCGGAUGAGAAAAGCGCAUAUCUCAUAACGCUGAAAGUCAAGCUACGGAGAUUGACGUGUCCCACAGAACGAGACAAUAAUCGCCCUACGUGUUCAUCAGCGUGCAGCAUCAAUUUCCAAACUAAUACCUCGAUGGAACAACAUCAAUUUGAAAAGAAAUAGGGCAGAGACAAACAAAGACAACCAAACUUUCUAAGUUGAU